AUGUCGACACCAGAUCCCCCCAUGGGAGGUACCCCGCGCCCAGGUCCUUCCCCUGGUCCGGGUCCCUCCCCUGGUGCUAUGCUGGGCCCCAGCCCCGGGCCCUCCCCAGGCUCCUCUCAUAGUAUAAUGGGCCCCAGCCCUGGCCCUCCUUCCUCUGGACACUCACAGCCAGGGCCCUCUGGAUACGGCCAGGACAACAUGCACCCUCUGCACAAACCGAUGGAGGCCAUGCAUGAGAAGAGCAUGAGUGAGGAGAGCCGCUUCAGUCAGAUGAAGGGACUGUCUAUGAGACAGGGCGGGCACAGUGGUAUGGGCCCCCCACCCAGUCCUCUGGACCAACACUCACAGGGCUACCACUCUCCAUUAGGUGGCUCUGACCACUCCAGCCCUGUCCCCUCAAAUGGCCCUCCCUCCGGUCCUCAUAUGCCAUCAUCCUCCUCUUCCUCCUCCUCUGGUGGCCCCGGCUCCGCCUCUACACCUUUGGAUGGUCCCAGUGUAGAUCAACACACGCUGGGUCCGAAUAACCGUCCUGGUCCUCCAGGUAGCUCUGGCCCAGGCCCCAGCCCUGGACCCAGUCUUGGAUCCAGUGUCCCUGGCCUUGGAUCUGGCCUUGAUUCUGGUGGCCCUACUGGCCCUGGAGGCCCUGGUGGCCCGACUCCCUUCAACCAGAACCAACUCCACCAGCUCAGAGCCCAGAUCAUGGCUUAUAAGAUGCUGGCUCGGGGGCAGCCCCUGCCAGACCACCUCCAGAUGGCUGUCCAAGGGAAGAGGCCAAUGCCUGGGAUGCAGCAGCAGCAGCCCAUGCCCAGCUUGGCUCCUGGGGCUGGAGGUGGGCCAGGAGGUGGACCAGCAGGACCAGGACCAGGCCCUGGGCCACUGGGCUCAGGCUACAGCCGAGCUCACGGUAUGAUGGGUCCCAACAUGCCCCCACCAGGCCCAUCGGGGACCACAGCUGGCAUGCAGGGACAAAAUCCAAACGGACCACCCAAGUCCUGGCCUGAAGGUCCCAUGGUGAAUGCAGCAGCCCCCUCAAACGCACCCCAAAAGUUGAUCCCCCCUCAGCCCACCGGCCGGCCCUCUCCUGCGCCUCCUUCAGUUCCCCCUGCUGCCUCCCCUGUAAUGCCUCCGCAGACGCAGUCCCCCGGCCAGCCGGCACAGCCUACUCCUAUGAUGCCUUACCACGCCAAGCAGAACCGCAUAACCCCCAUUCAGAAACCCUGCGGCCUUGACCCUGUGGAGAUACUGCAGGAGAGGGAGUACAGGUUACAGGCUCGUAUCACCCAUCGUAUUGCUGAACUGGAGAACCUGCCGGGUUCUCUUGCUGGUGAUUUACGUACCAAAGCUACUAUAGAGCUCAAAGCCCUUCGGCUGCUUAACUUCCAGAGACAGCUGCGUCAAGAGGUGGUGGUGUGUAUGCGUCGUGACACAGCUCUAGAGACUGCCCUUGAUGCUAAGGCCUACAAGCGUAGCAAGCGUCAGUCUCUGCGAGAGGCCCGCAUCACGGAAAAACUGGAGAAACAGCAGAAGAUUGAGCAGGAGCGCAAACGCAGGCAGAAACAUCAGGAGUACCUCAACAGCAUCCUCCAGCACGCCAAAGACUUCAAAGAGUACCACCGCUCAAUUACAGGCAAAAUUCAGAAACUGACCAAAGCUGUGGCCACCUACCAUGCCAACACUGAGCGAGAGCAGAAGAAGGAGAAUGAGCGUAUUGAGAAAGAGAGGAUGAGGAGGCUUAUGGCUGAGGAUGAGGAGGGCUACCGUAAACUGAUUGACCAGAAGAAGGACAAGCGGCUGGCCUACCUGCUGCAGCAAACUGAUGAGUAUGUCGCCAACCUCACCGAGCUGGUCAGAGCUCACAAGGCUGCGCAGGCCCUCAAAGAAAAGAAGAAGAAGAAGAAGAAAAAGAAGAAGUUGGAGAACAUUGAGGGUCAGACUCCUGCCCUGGGCCCUGAUGGAGAGCCUCUGGAUGAGACGAGUCAGAUGAGCGACCUGCCUGUGAAGGUCAUCCACGUGGACAGUGGCAACAUCCUGACAGGGGUGGAUGCUCCUAAAGCUGGACAACUGGAGACCUGGCUGGAGAUGAACCCUGGUUAUGAGGUGGCCCCCCGCUCGGACAGCGAAGACAGCGAGGAGGAGGAAGAGGAGGAGGAAGAAGAGGAGGAGCCACAGCCUUCAGCAGCUCCAGUGGAGGAAAAGAAGAAGAUAACAGACCCCGACAGUGAAGACGUGUCAGAAGUGGACGUUCGACACAUCAUCGAAAAUGCUAAGCAAGAUGUGGAUGACGAGUACAGCGGUGCAGCGUUCGCUCGAGGGCUCCAGUCUUAUUACUCAGUGGCUCACGCUGUCACAGAGAAGGUGGAGAAACAGUCCAGUUUGUUAAUAAAUGGACAACUCAAACAGUAUCAGAUUAAAGGUCUGGAGUGGCUUGUUUCCCUCUACAACAACAACCUGAACGGGAUCCUGGCGGACGAGAUGGGUCUGGGAAAAACCAUCCAGACCAUCGCCCUCAUCACGUACCUCAUGGAGCACAAACGUCUCAAUGGACCUUACCUCAUCAUCGUUCCCCUCUCAACUCUGUCUAACUGGGUGUAUGAGUUUGACAAAUGGGCACCGACAGUCGUCAAAGUGUCCUACAAGGGGUCUCCUGCUGCCAGAAGAGCCUUCGUUCCCCAACUGCGUAGCGGAAAAUUCAACGUUUUACUCACCACCUACGAGUACAUCAUCAAGGAUAAACAAGUACUGGCAAAGAUCCGUUGGAAGUACAUGAUCGUUGAUGAGGGCCACCGUAUGAAGAACCACCACUGUAAACUGACCCAGGUCCUGAACACCCACUACCUUGCCCCACGGCGAGUCCUCCUGACUGGGACGCCGUUGCAGAACAAACUGCCUGAGCUCUGGGCCUUGCUCAAUUUCCUCCUGCCUACUAUCUUCAAGAGUUGCAGCACCUUUGAGCAGUGGUUCAACGCUCCUUUCGCCAUGACGGGAGAGAAGGUGGACCUUAAUGAAGAGGAGACCAUCUUGAUCAUCCGUCGUCUCCACAAAGUGCUCCGCCCCUUCCUGUUGCGCAGAUUAAAGAAGGAGGUGGAGGCACAGCUUCCGGAGAAGGUGGAAUACGUGAUCAAGUGUGAUAUGUCGUCUCUUCAGAGGGUGUUGUACAGACACAUGCAGGCCAAGGGGGUUCUUCUGACUGAUGGAUCGGAGAAAGACAAGAAGGGUAAAGGCGGCACGAAGACACUGAUGAACACCAUCAUGCAGCUGAGGAAGAUCUGUAACCACCCUUACAUGUUCCAGCAGAUAGAGGAAUCCUUCUCUGAACAUUUAGGAUUCUCUGGUGGGAUAGUCCAGGGACCAGACCUGUAUCGGGCAUCAGGAAAGUUUGAGGUGUUGGAUCGUAUUCUCCCCAAACUGAGAGCUACAAACCACAAAGUGCUGCUCUUUUGUCAGAUGACGUCUCUCAUGACCAUCAUGGAGGACUACUUUGCCUACCGCAACUUCAAGUAUCUGCGUCUGGAUGGAACCACAAAGGCUGAAGACAGAGGUAUGUUGCUGAAGACAUUCAAUGAUCCAGAGUCAGAGUACUUUAUCUUCCUCCUGAGCACAAGAGCUGGAGGUCUCGGCCUCAACCUGCAGUCUGCGGACACUGUGGUCAUCUUUGACUCUGACUGGAACCCACAUCAGGACCUGCAGGCUCAGGACAGAGCCCACCGCAUUGGUCAACAGAAUGAGGUGCGUGUGCUGCGUCUCUGCACGGUAAACAGCGUAGAGGAGAAAAUCCUGGCCGCUGCCAAGUACAAACUGAACGUGGACCAAAAGGUCAUCCAGGCCGGCAUGUUCGAUCAGAAGUCUUCCAGCCACGAGCGCAGGGCCUUCUUGCAGGCCAUCCUGGAGCACGAGGAGCAAGACGAGGUCUGGGGUCAAGAAGUGUGUCUACGCAUGAAUGAGGAGGAUGAGGUGCCAGAUGAUGAGACGGUCAACCAGAUGAUCGCCAGGAGUGAGGAGGAGUUCGACCAGUUCAUGCGUAUGGACCUGGACCGGCGGCGGGAGGAGGCCCGUAAUCCGCGGCGAAAACCUCGUCUGAUGGAGGAGGACGAGCUGCCCACUUGGAUCAUGAAGGACGACGCCGAGGUGGAGCGGCUGACCUGUGAGGAGGAGGAGGAGAAAAUGUUCGGACGAGGUUCCCGGCAGCGAAAGGAGGUGGACUACAGCGACUCACUGACCGAGAAGCAAUGGCUCAAGGCAAUAGAGGAGGGCACGCUGGAGGAGAUGGAGGAAGAGGUACGUCACAAAAAGACGACCCGCAAGAGGAAGAGGGACCGCGACGUGGAUCUCCCCGGUCCCUCCUCUUCCUUCGGGGGACGAGGACGAGGGGACAAAGACGAUGAUGGGAAGAGGCAGAGGAAGAGGGGACGACCGCCUGCUGAGAAACUCUCCCCAAAUCCUCCUGCCCUCACAAAGAAGAUGAAGAAGAUUGUGGACGCUGUCAUCAAAUACAAAGACAGCGCCAGUGGGCGUCAGCUGAGCGAGGUGUUCAUCCAGCUGCCAUCUCGAAAAGAGCUGCCAGAGUACUAUGAACUGAUCCGCAAGCCUGUGGACUUCAGGAAGAUCAAGGAGAGGAUUAGAAGUCAUCGCUACCGCAGUCUGGGUGACCUGGAGAGGGACGUCAUGCUGCUCUUUCAAAAUGCUCAGACCUUCAACCUGGAGGGAUCACUGAUCUAUGAAGACUCCAUCGUGCUCCAGUCAGUGUUCACCAGUUUGAGGCAGAAGAUUGAGAAGGAGGAGGAAAGCGAGGGAGAGGAGAGCGAGGAAGAGGAGGAGGAGCAGGAGGAAGGAUCAGAGUCCGAAUCUCGCUCAGUGAAAGUGAAGAUCCGUCUGAGCAGGAAGGAUAAAGGCGGAGAUCGAGGGAAGGGACGCAGCAGACGAACAGGACGCACCAGGGCCAAACCUGUCGUCAGUGAUGACGACUCUGAGGACGAGCAGGAAGAGGAGCGCUCCCCCAGUGCCACUGAUGAAGAGUCCUGAACUGUACUGUGACAUGGAAGAAAAGGGGGCAUAAAGGGAUAUUCCAACUCACCGAGCAGCACAUACACAGUAAAUAAAACAUGCCUCUGUCAACUCCAUCCAACCUCAGUCAAAUUAUAAAAAGGACUAAAAAAGAAGGAGAUUCAUCAUAAUAACAUAUCAUAAAAUACACAGAUUAAUUAGGCCAUCCACAUCACUGCAUUAAAUUGUUUCUUUUACUUUGCUGUUGCUUAGUUGAAGAAAGUCUUAUUGCCAAGGGAUCAAAUGAGGUUUUUUUAUCUUCGUGUGCCAGGUCAGGAGAGUUUUUAGUCAUUUUAACUGAGAAUAUUGUCUGUGUGCAGUUGUUAUUGAACUACUUGUAUGAACCUAGGAACAGUCUAAGGGUUUACAUGUGGAAAGACAGUGGCUUAGAAAACGUAACUGAUGAACACAGAAAUUUGGGAGUUAGUGAUGCGACAAUAAUCAAUAUAACAGCAUAUUGUGAUAAUCAUAAACAUUAUCAUUGCUGAAUUCUUUGACACAACUGACAAGGCAGUUUAAAAAAAAAAAAAAA